UCCAGCCGGAGAAAUAACAUUUAAAAAACUCUUGUGAGGUUACACGGGCAAGACAUAAUAGUCUUGUAACGCAUAGAGAACGCUUGUCACGAAGGUAUUUCUAGUUUGUCAGCUCAUCUUCAUCAAACCGUAUUUCCUCAUUCAACAUCAUUUAAUCAAGAUGAAUUUUUGGUUGUUUUUGAGUGUGUUGUUAAUAACAUUCGUGGCAGCACGUGUUGAAAAGGAUUUCCAUCGUUUUAAUAAAAGACAACAUGGCAAAACAUUAAAGAUGGUGCACUUAUUAUAUCGUCAUGGACACCGAUCUCCAGUGGCAAUUUACCCUAACAAUCCUUACCAAGAAAAGGUGUGGCCGGAUGGUCUCGAAAGAUUGACUCAGAUUGGGAUGAACAUGGAAUACGAUCUUGGCAAGUUCUUAAGAAAAAGAUAUGUCCAAACACAUUUCAUCAAUUCGUCAUAUCUUCACAAGGAGGUUUAUAUUCGAAGCUCAGCCACCGACAGAUGUUUGCAGAGUGCCGAGGCUCAACUGGCUGCGCUCUAUCCACCAAAAGGCUGGCAGGUUUGGAACGCUGAUAUCCCAUGGCAACCCGUGCCUAUUCAGACUGUACCAGCAGACAACGACCCUGUGUUACGCCCUGAUUCAACCUAUUGCCCAACUCUCCACAAAAUUUGGGAAGCAAAAAAACACGAGCCUAAAUAUGUCAGAAAGGAGAAAAAAUAUGCGAAACUGAUGAAAUACGUAAGUCGUCAUUCUGGCUGGGAUGUUAAUUUUGAUAACGCGUGGAUAGUAAUGGAUGAUUUAAAAUCUGAGAAAGUUCAGGGUCUCCCUACACCGAAAUGGGCGUUGCCAAUUUAUGAUGACUUGCAAUACAUCACCGACUGGCUAUUUUUGAACAAGUACAUCGGAGGAGCAAAACUAGGGAAGAUUCUAGGAGGGACAUUAUUAGGGGUAAUUAAUGAAGGAAUGUUGAAACUUAGUAAGGGAAAAGACCUUGACAAACUUCGUAAACUGAAUAUGUUUUCAGGGCACGACACCUCAAUUUUGUCACUAUCGACUGCUUUGGACAUUCCUAUCACAGAAUCCCCCUACUACGCAUCCUGCUUAAUGAUAGAAUUGUACACUAACCAUAGAGGCGCAUACUUUGUGGAAAUGAACUUUCGUAACGACAGCAGUGGUUCAACCUAUCCUGCAAAGUUGAGGCAUUGUGGACAUAGCUGCCCGUUAAAAAGAUUCAUCAAAUUAACCCAACGGAGAGUUCCAACAGACAGGGACGCAGAUUGUGGCAUCACAAAGGAGAAGCCUAUCUCUGCAUCUCACACACCACAGAAAGAACGAAAACAAUAUUGGAGAAUUUCAACUUUCGUGUUUCUGGUAUCAACAGUGUUAAUGGUAGUUGUAUUGUUCGUGUACAGUAUUACAAGAACACACUCCUACGGGAGACAGGUCGACGAAUGCGCUCCAACCGAGAAGAAAAAUGUGUACGAUGAAGCACUAGUUAUUCAUACUUCCUUGGCUUAAUUAAAUCCGCAAUUCUUGUACUUAAAGUAUUUUCUAGCUAUAAACAUUGUUUUUCAA